AUGGACUCUAUCACUGGCUGGUGCACGCAACUUCCUUCGUCACUAUGUCGUCGCUUGCGAUGGCUCUUUUCACUAUGGACCUCCACAAUUUGGCGCGACAGUGGUGGACAGGCAGAAAAGGAGCGGCUCCAGAACGAGCUGAUGUUCGCGAAAGCCGAAGUGAACCACUACAAGGACGAGAUCCAGAAGCUUCAGCACGAGCUGAAAUUCGCGAAAGAUCAGGCAGUUCAGUACGAGAAUGAGGCGCAACAGAAAACACAGCUCUUGCGAUUGGCGGAGGACGAUAAGAAGAUGUUGACGUCAGAGGUAUCCCAGUUCUCAGAUCGUCUGCGACAAUCGGAGACAGCCAGUAUCACGAACCGCCAGCGAGAAGGAAAGGUGGUGAAGAGCCAGCCUUCGCAGAUCGAGCUACGCCUCGCUCAGGAGAAUAAACAAUUGAAACAGCAACAGAGCAAACAAGAGCAGGAGAUGUUGAAGUCCAAGCAGGAGCUGCAGGCAGUAGAGGGGCAGCUUGUGUACGCGCGAAAGCGGGAGGAGGCCUUGAUGAAAGAGCGCGAUUCAAUGCAGGCGUUGCUCGACGCGCGGCGCAAGGAGCUCAGCGACGCACAGGUAUAUCUCACCUCGGUGGAUUCGGUAUCCGAGAGCGACGUGGCCGGAAUGAUCACAAAGCUCAAUGCGGAGAUCUCCCAAGCAGUUACAUGGAUGGUGGAAGCAUUGGAUACCCAACCGACAGAGAUUCCGAGCGACGACACAAUUCAGCAGUUAAAGAUGCUAUUGGGAGACAGCUUUAUCAGGCACUUGUCGACCUUUUACAGCAGAGAUGGCGAAGACGAUACCUUCCUCCUUGAGAUAGUGUUGCAAGCUGCCAUACUCUUCUUUGUCGGAACGGUCAUUUCGUCGUGGGGAUUGAGUGGCGGACAAGCAGACCCUCUCCUUGUUGCCGUCUAUGACAGGAUGCGAUCCACAGAGGACCAGCGUGUGGUGGGACGUUGGAGGGCGUUGACCCGUAAAUACGUGCAGCCAAAUGGCGAACAUGCACGGAUGCAGCUUGCGCACCUCCCCAUCAUCCUAUACAACAUAUUUCUAGUGGCACGAAGAGGAGGUCUGUCACAAGAGGAUCUAGCACAGAAUCUCAACGACAUCGUUGAGGCUACGCUAGAGCUUCGACGAGUGAUCGGAGAAGGCAUUGUGGGAAGUGACUACUCUGUCGUGCUGGGCCAGCCUGACCAGCCUUUCGAUCCGGAUAAGAUGAUAGACGCACACAACGUCAAAGGCCAAACUCCCAGCAAUGGACGUGUUCUCUGCAUCGCUGAGUUGGGUCUUGAGCGUAUGGAGGGAGGUGUUCAAGGAGCCAGCACAACACAGCGCAAUCUACUGGUCAAGCCGAAAGUGGUAUUGGAUGACGUCCUGCAUGAGUUGGGUUUGGACAGCUAUGGGGACCGGGACGUCUUGACGAGUGCAGGAAGCACUCCUCCGGGUCAAAUGAAUCCUCCCGGGAGAGCGUAUCAUUAG